GCCCGUCCGCCGGCGGGGAUUGUCCCUUCCCGCCGACCGCCGAGGCUGGCGAAGUGCUGGGGAACGGGCGUCGACCAGGAAAGCGGACGCGUGUUAAAAAUCAUUUAAUUCCGAGCGCUCGCUUGUGUUGGGUAAGGGGGCUGGGUGUGCCGCUUGAGGACAGCGCGGUGCCGGACGUGGCCUGUUGUGGGGCACUUGUCGGGUUGCGAUGCGCUGCGGCGCUGUUCCCGUUUUCUUUACAGUUAAACUGCGUAUGUGGCAUGUAUUGAUUGCCGACUUAAAGGGCGUAUCUUGCACGGGGACUCAUAAUUUUGGAUAGUUCAAAGAAAGUAGUUAAGAGUAUGGAAAGUUCUGUUGCGGUGUUGUGUGUCGUUGUCGUUAGCUGCUAGGCUAACCUAUAAACACAAUGCAAUGUUGUAGUGUGUAUCAAUAUUGAAGUUAAAUUUUAUGCUCAAAUAUUCUUUAAGAGUGAAGGCAUGCUUUAAGUGUUAAUAAAAUUUAAAGUUGAAGUCUUUCCUUACAAUAAUUUGCUCUUUCUGUCUGAUGAGUAAGACUAUAAGAGAAAGCAAAAUAUAAUUCUAAGAUGUAAAAGGUUUAAUGAAAAUGGGAAAUACUGAUAUUUUGUUGGGUUCUGGUAAUGUAAACUUUGCUUGUGACUCACGUAUAUCCUACUAAUGUAGACAAGGUGAUUAAAACUUAAAAAACGUAGACUCUGUAGAUAUGACAGUAGGUUUUCAGAGCAUGCUGUGUCUGACUUGUAAACAGAUCUACAAGUUUGACUGGUUAUGAAUUUUUUAUAAUACAGCAUAACAGUCUUAAACCUUUGGAUUUUAAGAUCAUUCCUGCUCCACUUUACUCUUCGGAAGUGACAGAGCAAAGCAGUUGGUGAGGCAGUCGUGCAGGGUCAGUAACAACUGCAGCACUGGUGCAGAUGGGAGCAGUAUUGCAGGGAGGCGUUCGCUGUGUUACAUUUGGGUUUUGGGCUGUCAGUUAACACUACCGAGUAAAUAGGGGAGUGAAUGCAUUGUGCUGCAGCGGAGAGGCCACCAUCAAGUGCUGCUCUGGCCACAGCAGCCCACAGCCCACGUGAGCGGUUGCACUUACAGUGUGGCCACAGAAAUUCUUUGUACAGCCAGGCUGUGCUUUGGGGGACAAGGGGAGCUGAUUUUCUCCCUUAGGGUACCAUGAAAUGUAAGUACUAUUUAAGGAUGAUAUUACUUGAUCUGAUGUAAAAAAGAAGUGCACUGGAGACCCUUCAGUUAGUAUUUUAUUUAUGGGAAGUCACACAGUAAUGCAAGUGGGAGCUGCAGGAAACGGUGAAUGGUGAAACUUUAGUUGAGACCGGGAAGUAUUUAUAGGGCUUUUAACUUUAACAUGGUCUGGUCUUGAAUAUGAAAAUGGAGUUUAUUAAUUUUGUUUGAAACUCAGUUGAUGGAGUUGAUGCUCUGUUUUUCUAUUUGAUGUAAAUAGGUAGCAGUAUUUGUGUGAUAUCUUUCAGGUUGCGUGGUAUUUUAUGUUUUUGUAGUAAUGUUCAGAUUCAGCAAAAACAAAUGUUGGCUUUUCAUGAUGUAUUGUAGUAAAAGGAUAAACCACUUUCACAGCAAUUAGAGGCCAUGUAGAUGUAAGAACAUAACAUAACCAGAUUGUUCUUAAUAUUCAGACAUUAAUAUGUCUUGAUGUAGAAAUUUUAGGAAACAGGCAACAGCAGUACUUUAAAUAUUUUUGUUUUGAUUUUGUGUGUUCCUAUGUUGAAUGUACAGAUGCUUCCCCCUCCCUCCUUGCUGUGACUGCUGUUGCUGUGACCAGAUAGUGUGCUCUUAAGGCAGAGGCAUUGUUUUCUGGAAUAGCUGUUCACGUUCAAAAGAGGCAUUUUGCAAGUGUGAAAUUCGUAUUACUGAGAAGGUAUUGAUUCCAUUACCUCUAUAAAAUUUGUGCUAAAAUGCAGCUUUACAUGAGAGAAUGUGAAGAAACUCUAAGCAAACAUAGCUGCUUGUGCCUGUUGUACAUAGGUGUCUUUUUUUGUUUUCUUGCCAUUUAAAUGGGAUUGUGAGCUGCGAGCGAGCCCUGCUUACUCCCUUUGCUGAGUGAACGGGGACAAAUGAAGUCCUCAGCAAUUAUCUACUGCCACUAAAUAGUGUCACUAACAGGAAAUGACAUUUGUCAUUAACUGUUCAGGACACUGCAGCUGGCUUUCUUAUUCGUGUGGACACAUCUACCUCAAACAAGGGUGAGUCAAAUACAUAGUUAUUAUUUUCAUGUUUUAAGGAAGGCUUUAGAAAUAUCAUUUGACAGUCUAUUGUGAUAUUUGUAAAGUGCAAACAUAGAACAAAUUACAGGUAGGGACCAGGACACUGCUUCAAGGAGUCUAGACAAGGGAGGUUGUUAACCAAUUUUGUGAGCUCCACAUCUGUAGGGCAUUUAAAGUUCUGUUCAUUCCCAUUUGAAAGAAAUAGCCUUAGGCCCCCAGCCUUAGUGCUGAUUGUUUGUUUCAGAGAUUAAAAUCUUAAGUGUAAAGGGCUAUACUGUUUGUAUUCUUGAAAGUGUAAGACAUGCAACAUAAAUUGCUCAGAAUGAGAUUUUUCUAGCAUGUGGGAAGAGCCAGAAAAGCCCAUAUGAAAUUGUCAAAGCAUAAUAGAGCAGUGGGUAAAUAAGAAGCAAUGGAAAUGUUAAAUUUAAAGUUCUAGAAUAUUUGUUAACAUUGUCAUACAAUUUGAUGAAUAAUUCCUUUUUGCUGUGAUUGUGCUUUUGAUAUAAUGAGGGUGCUUUUCCUAGAAAAUAUGUACAUCUUCUUUGGAGAUUUCUUAUAAGAUCCAAUUGCUCUAUAAUUUUUAGGAAUCUUUAAUAUUAGUUAUAUGCAGCUAAAUUUAUUUUUGCAUUGUAACGAUGACUGAUAAUGUGAGUGUGAGCAGCUUUCCUUAUGAUAUCUAAGUGGAGGGGCAAUUAAUUUGUUUGAGGGAAAGAUGCUGAAAGACUCUGUGCUUCUGUGUAAAUACUAUUUUUGUAUCUUCGUGCACCUGCUGGCUGACUUGAUGUGUAUGGGCAGUGAGGGCUGAGGUGUGCACCCGGCUCCUGCUGCAGUGCUGGCCAUGGAGCAGCAGUGCUGCCUUGCUCCUGGGAGCAGCAGGAGAUGAUUUGGUGAGUCACCUGCUCAGUCCAGAUGUGUUUCUGUAAACUGAUCACAUUGCCGAAAAUUCCUGUUCUGUAUCUGUGUUCUCUUCAGGUAGGUUACCAUCUUUUGGGGUGGGAAGGGUGGCUUCAGGUACCUGAGCCAACAGUGAGCAGGCUCCCCUUUUAUCUGCAGCAGAUCUGUACACAAAGAGUGACUGGUGCAUAAAUGGUGCUGAUGACCAUGGGAGGUACUUUUAUCUCGUCUUUCUGCUUGGUCAACAACGGUGUAGGUCUGGAGGAAAGUCAGGAGCUGCCUCAUAACCAUUCAGAAAGCAGCAGCUGUCUCUAUUACCAAAGUUAUGACUUUUAUUUAUUUGGGCUUGCUCUGAUAGUUUCUUUUAUAUACAGUGUACAUUUGGUGUAAGUGCACACAACUAAACCAUUUGUAGUACAGCGUAUAUAAUGUGUUACACCCUUAGGACUGUGUGUCUGCAGGGAUGAGCUGUGUAUGUGCCCUUAGGAACUCUCUGCCCAAGAUCCCUAUCAGAAAAAGUAGCAGCUUUAGUUUCUAUGUCUUUUGGAUAGGAUCAAAAAUUCAUUAUUUUCUUAUCUGGAUCUAAAUGAAGUGCGGAUUUCUUUGUGGUGUUAAGUGCCAUGUCACUUUUGUUUCAGCAGUCUUGUUUCAAGACUGGCUCGUAGCUUCGAACUUCAGCUAAGGCACCUGCUUUAUGGGUAGUGGUUGAUGAGUUUGGAUCCAAGCUUGUGCAACAUCAGUGCUUAUUGUGGUUCCUAAGUGUGCUUUCUUCCUGCUUUUCUGAAUUACCUGCAGAGCCUAAUGUCAAAGUGUUUCUGAAAUACUACACCUUUAGCAGAAUUUUAGUGCUCUUUCAUGUGAUUUGGCAGGAUGAUAGCCUUUCUGCUUCACAGGUAGGAAGGAUGCUGUCUACAUAUCUUAUGUCCAAACUAAUCCUAAAGUACAUUUUCUUUUUUGGCUUUGUAAGAAUAAUGCGGUAUCCAGUUUAAGCAUGAGCAGUGUUUUGGACUGAUUACUGAUUUUUUUUUUUAAACCCAUAAGUGGUUUAUAUUCUUAAUAUUUGUAUGUUGUCAUCUAAACCCAAGUAAAACAUUGUAUUAAAGGUGGAUGUGCUGUUUAGAUCAUUUUAUUCUAGGCCUUCAACUUCAGAAAUCAGGUUAAAUUCUAUUUAAGAUACCAAGGGAAUUCCGUCAUUUUCCUUUCCAUCAAUUUUCAUAAAAGGGAUGAACUUCUUUGAUGGAAAUCUAAGUCAGUUGUCUUCUCAAGGUAAUAUGAGACUCCUUUUAGUUUAGGGCAAAGAUGAGGUUGAGCCUUUCAUCCUCUACCAUACAUUAGUGCAGGGAGCAGCUGAAGUUUAUAAAACCUGUAAGAGAGUAGCACCAUUUUAAUGAGGUGCAUACCUAAAAUGAAGCAUGUACCAUUAUUUAUGUACUGUGUGGAAUAUAUCAGAGAUUAAUGCAGGCAGGUUCAGUGGAAGGAGUGCAGUUUGUGGGGCACUUUUAAAAGCCCACUUAAAAAGGGCAGUUUGUAAAACUGAGUCUUGUGCAUGGAGGAAUGUGAAAGGGUAUCAGAACUGCUAAAUUUGGUGGAACUCUUUAUUGUCACUAACAUCUGUCAGGGGCUCAGAGAUUAAAAGGGCUGCUGCAUGUUUGAUGGUGCUUCCCCUACCAAAUCUUCCCUCUGUUGUAUGUGUAUCCUGUACUGAAGGGUUGUAAAGAGGCAGAGAGUGUUUUUUUGGGAAGGUUAGAUGAUAGGAACUAGUUUUAAUUCCAAAAUAAUCAGUGUUAUGGUUAGAUGGAAAACUCUGAAUAUAGUUUGUAAUUAUUUUUCAGCUUGUUGUAGGAAAAUACUACCUAGUCUGAAUAUUUCUGGUGCUCAGUAGGUGGAGGAAAGAGGGGGGCUUGCCUUCAGCAAGGGGAUCUCCAGAAAUGGCAGAAAGGGGGAUACUCUGCCACUGUCCCGGGCCUGAGCCACGUACAAGCAGUGACAGAUGUGCUGUCAUGCUGAGGAAGAGGUGGAGGAGAUUGCCCUGUUAUGGCUUGCUUCACCUCUGUGCUGUUUUUUGAAAUACAAUUGGGAAGUUGUCAUAGAAAGUGGGAAGAGAGAUACAGAUUUGCUGCACAUUUUCUUGAUGCUUUAAGUCUUUAGUUAUCUUCUGUUUUUGAAGAGUGAAGCAAAUAGUACAGCGGAGUAUUUGCAGCUGUCUAGUCCUUUGAGCAUUUAGGAGUUGUUAUGUCUUUUAUGACCUGUUAGUGCUUUGUUAGCUGCAGAAAUGUCUAGCAGCACUGAAUGGUCCUUCGGAAUGGCAUUUGGUGUGAUUCUUUGGGUUGUCCUGUCCAGGAUCUUAAUCAUCCUUAUGGGUCCAUUCCAACUCAUGAUAUUCUGUGAUUCAAUGAUAAUCUUUGUCCAAUAGAUGGACAAAUAUUUUUGGUGGCAUUUGCAUGAAGAUCCCUUGUGUAAGGGGACUUUUUGAGUUGGGGAAAUAGCACAGAUAUCAGCACCAGCAAGGUGAGUCCAGUGCUUGUGCCUGGAAACUGCAAGCAGCUCUCUGGGGUUUUUUUCCUGUAGAAACAUUGUCUUGACAGAGGAGCUAUCAGGAAAUUGCUUAAGGGUUGUUUAGUUCUGGUUGGUUUGGUUUUGUUCCCUGACUGGGCACCAGUACGUGGGAUCAGUGAGUUAUUCCAUUAUAUAAGCCAGGCUACACCAUGAAGUGUUGCAGCAGCAGAAAAAUCAGUUGAGGCAAAUUGUGUCUUUGUUAAUAUAGAGUGACGGGGCAUCCCAGUCAGCAUUAUGUUGUUUGGAUUCUCAAGUGGGAGAGAGAAACAGGUAUUUUAUGCACUGGAAGAGGAUGGUUGCAGAAGUAGGUUGCUGCUGGUGUUGAGUAGAAGCAAAGGGAGACAAACAGGUUGUUCUAAAACUUCAUCUGGGGUGCUGACAGCAGCUGGAUCCUGUGCAGAAAUGUCCCAAGGCUGUUUUACAUGCCUUCAAUGAAAAAAAUAAUUGUGCAUGCUAUUUGACUUCUGUAUAUUUCUUUAUCAGACUAAAAGUAGGUGUGUUUCUCUGGAUAUUCCAUUGUGAAGAAAAAAUCUGGACCUUGGGGAUGAAUUUGCUGUGUGGAUAGAGCUCUGUUGGAUUAUAUCUGAACCAAGCUUUUACAGUCCUUUUCCAGUGUGAAGGCAAUGUAGAAGGGAGGAAGCCAAAGCUGCCUAAAAGACUGAAAAAUUCUCUUUCUGCCAUUGGGCCUCUGUUUGUCUUUUCCCCCCCCCUUGUUCCCUUAUGCAUUACACACUCUGCUGCUGGUGCUGUUGCUUCUUGUCUGCUAAAGACAAGUGCAGGAAAGCUAUAUAGGGUUCUUUAGCACUUGGUGUGUUUGUAACAGCAAUUUCUUUCCUCCCUUGCCUGCUCUAUUUACACUAUGCUAAAAGUAAGCUCAAUGCCUUGCAGAACGAAUAGUUUGAGACCUCUCUUCUGUGUCAAGGGAGGCUGAGCUGAAGACAGAGAAGGUGUAUCUGAGUGUGGAGACAAUUUCAUGCAGGUAUGUAGCUUUUAGUGCUAAUUGUGCAGUUUGUUUGUUUGUUUGUUUUCCAAUUUAUAAAGCAAAAUAGUUUGCUUUAUAAAAAAAAAUCAAGUUAGGUAUUUGGACAAAGCCAGGUUGAAUAAUGAUGAUGAAUGUUUUCAGAAAGAGUGCUCCAGGCUUGAAUGGGGAGUAGAAAACAGCACAGAGGUUUCAGUGUGCUGAAUUCACCAAAAUGUUUAAACAUAUUGUCAAAAUAUUGUGCUACUGUAAAUAUGUACUAGUAAACUACUAAAACUGGCAGUUUUGUUUAAGAUAGAAGCAUAAGCUAUAUUUUAAAAUUUAUUUUAAUGAAUAAAUUUUUUAUUUUAAUGUAACAUUAAAAUACCCUUUCAUGUGGGAAGGUUGGCAUUUUAAGAAUAUUUAAAGCUGUUAAUGGCCAGCCGCUUUGCUAAACUGCUGACUUCACACAUACCAUUUCCUUUUUCAGGUUUUUACAACCCCACAUCUUCUGACUUUUAAAGCAGGAUGGGGAGGGAGGGUAGGAGGAGAAUAGCUUUUUCAUUUUUUGUUGGUAGCCGUAGAGCACGUCUAAACUGCAAUUUUAAAAAUUACUGUCAAUUUAGUAAAUGUUAAAUCUGCAUGACAUUGUUUCUGUUGUGCAUUAAUACAAGUUAUGCUGUUUAAUUUGGAGACCUUACUUCUCUGUUCUCAUGUAUAAGUAUUAUUUAUUGUUUCAGGAUUUUUUGGGACAAAUCUUCAGUCUAAACCCUGUUAGUAUUUCUUUUUAAAAUACACAAUACCUUACUCUACUGAAUAACACACUUAAUAGGGUUUGAGAGUUUAGAGAGGGUUUUGCAUUCUUGAAAUGUAUGACUUACUGUAAUUACAAUUGCUCAUAUUCUAAAGCAGGUCGUAAACUUACCUGGAGAGAGAGCAGAACAUUUACAGGCAAUAUUUUACUGCUGACAGCUUAAAAGUUUGUUUAUGCUAAUCACUUCAUAUAUAGUGAGCAGUACACCACUGGUGACUUACCAAGCAGUUUUGCAAGUGCAGAAAAUUUCUGCUUGAUGUUAAAGAAAAUGACAUUACAAAAAUAUAUUUGUAAAGCACUAAGUACCCGCUUGCUUUCUUUAACAACUUAAGAAAUACUCAAGCUUAGUUGUUGUAAUGAUUUAUAUGGCUAGUUAAUAUUUGCUGGUUUGAAAGCCUGUGAAUUUGAUUAAAUUCUAUCUGUCUAGCUUUGCUUUUAGUGACUAGAGGAGGUGUUCAUAUAUAUCAGUUUAUUAAAAGUUGAGCUGUAUGAAAAUGUAGAAGUUUAAUUUCCUUUCCUUGAAAGUAUUUAACUUUUUUGGUUUUUGUUUUUUUAAUACAGAAAAUUGAAACUAAAAGGGUUUCCAACUCCGAUCAAAUUUCUUGUCAGAACACCAACUGAUUAUGUAUUUGUGUGCAUAAAUGAAAGAAGACUUAAUUUUUAAUGUUUUGCUUCAAACUCAUGUAUGUGUAAUGGUAAAUAAUACUGAGUUUAUAAAUACAAAGCUUUUGCUACAUUUUCCAAAGUUCUGAUACAUUAGUGUAAUUUUUUUCUUCUUUAGCCUUUCCGAUCUUACUUUUCCACAGUAUGCACUGAGAGGCAAACUGGCUAUCUCUAUAACAGAAAUAAGGAGGUAUGCUGUUGUGUCUUCAAGUAUACUGGAUGAGUCUAUAUGCUGGGUAGUUCGCUGGAAAUUAUUUUUAAGUAUUGCAAAUUUUAUUUAAUAAAGUAAUGUAUAUUAUGUAAAAACUCCUUUAAAGUUUUACGCUUCUUGUUUGUCUCUUUUCAGCCCCUCAAAGGCUUUUAAAAAUGGUAUGAAGUAGGAUUUUAUUUAAGAGACGACAGAUGAGUAGACAACAGAUGAUUAGGUUUAAGGAAAAGGUGUUCCAGAUUAAUGAAGGAUGGCUUUGAAGUAUGCAGUUAAGUCACACUGGUUUGGACAGCAACUGGUGCUUGUAGAAAUCCACAGGCUCCCCAUGUGUGGAGUCUGGAGUGGGAGCUGUGGCUGCUGGUCUGUGUGUCCGUGGAGGAGGCUGCACAGGUCCUUUCCUUGGAGUGCUCUGCAGCACUGGCAGUGGCAAACAGCAGGGAGGAGGCCAGCAAUGGGAGCGUGGCAGGGGCAAACAGCAAUGGGAGCGUGGCAGUGGCAAACAGCACUGGGAGCGUGGCAGUGGCAAACAGCAAUGGGAGCGUGGCAGUGGCAAACAGCAAUGGGAGCGUGGCAGUGGCAAACAGCACUGGGAGCGUGGCAGUGGCAAACAGCAAUGGGAGCGUGGCAGUGGCAAACAGCAAUGGGAGCGUGGCAGUGGCAAACAGCAAUGGGAGCGUGGCAGUGGCAAACAGCAAUGGGAGAAUGGCAGUGGCAAACGGCAAUGGGAGCGUGGCAGUGGCAAACAGCAAUGGGAGCGUGGCAGUGGCAAACAGCAAUGGGAGCGUGGCAGUGGCAAACAGCAAUGGGAGCAUGGCAGUGGCAAACAGCAAUGGGAGCGUGGCCAGCAGCUGUAGCUGAUGUCUCGUGUGUUUAUAAAUGUGAUAGCGCACGAAUGCUGAUGGGGAAAGCAAACUUGUACAAACGAAAGCAUUGGUAGGGGAAAGUAUUUCUUAGCUUAUACUGUACCUAUUUUCUUUCUAUAACUGGUUUUGCUGUUCAAACUAUGUGUACUUCUUUUUCACCUUUGCAUAUGGAAUUCUAAUCUUGAAGCAUUUGUAGCAGAAAAAAAGGGGCAAAUACAACUCCUUGUUCACAUUAAGCCUGAAGAACAUCUGCCUUUACUUCAAGCUAAAACUGAAAACUUCAUUGUUGCUUCCAAACGGCUGUUUUGUUAGAUGCCUCCUCCAUGAAGUGUAUGUGUGUAAAAGAAUAGUCUCAGUCCUUAUCCAGCAGAGAUUGCCCAUUGAUGACUGUCCCACCCAUGAAGAUGCCAAUGGUGAGGUCUAACUUACUGCAUUUGCACCAUUGGUAAGGUCAAAAAAGGUAAUGGGUUUUAAAAUUGCUGGCUCUUGUCCUGCCUUAGAUGCAGAGUCAUGGAGAGAAAAACGUGAAUCUUUUUUGUGUGGACUGAACCCACAAUCUCCUCUUUGCUUAGGCUUAUUUAAAUAUUACGUUUAUCUCAGUAGUUCUGUUGUGUGUUUUUAUCAGCAGGCAUGCUGUCAAGAUAAACUUGCACUGGGAAGCCCUAGAUAUGCAUAAAUUUUUUUUUUCAGGACAUUUGGCUUACUUGAGUACCUGGCUAACAGUGAGAAGGAUAAUGGAGAUGCGUGGCUGGCAAAAGAACGAGUAAUUUUGACAUUUUCUGUUGAAUGCUAUAUUCUUGGAAAUGCAGCAAUGCAUGCCCUUAGAGUAAUUCUUUCAAAAGAGAAGGAGCAAAGUUAGGGAGGAAGAAUGUUUUCCACCCUGUUUUUUGACAUGUAGUAUAAUAUACUAGCAAUGCAGAGAAGGUGAAGACUUAGGCUUGUCUACUAAUAUAAUGCUUUCUGACAAAGGGCUUGCACAGUGGGAGGUGGCUAGUAGAAGUGAUUUGGGGUUUGACAAACCUACAGUAAAGAAUUAAAGGCAGAUAAAUGCUUUCCAUCAGAUUUUUUAAAAAGGAAUUCAUGGAAGGGAUGGAAAUCAGAGAAAGACUAAAACUCAGUUUACAGAAUGAAUUGAGAUGUAAGUGAUGUAAAUAAUACACUUCAUGAGUGUGGAUAUCCUUUGAGUGCUCUUUGGAUUGAAGACAUUUUGAUGAUUAAUCCAAUAUUAUCCUAGGUUUGUGGAUUUUUUUCUCCCUUACUUUUUCCUUAAUUUGCAGCAAAUGGUUUCUCACUGGAUUCUGUACUGACAAUCCCUUAAAUGCUUUGGUCAUUUUCUGUUUGUGACUGACAACCUCUGUGCUUAUCUCAAUCUUUGUAACUUCGGUUUUCAUUCUGCUGUUUUGUGCACUCUAAUGCCAUUGCACUUCAUUCAGCCUUGCCAUUGCAUUUCUUUCUUUGCUCAUAUAUUCCUGACCUUGUUUUGUUUAAUUUUCCCCUUAAUUUCUGAAGCUGCUUGAUUAAUUUCUUAGCUCCAUAUUUCUUAUUCAGCUUGCUUGCCAAGUCACACAUACAAGAAUGCUUUGAGAUCUGUCCUUGCUAUGUAAUUUUACCAGAAUGUGCCUGGAGGUGUUUUCCCUGUGUUUGUUGGUGGUUUUCUUCUUUUCUGUGUUGGGUGUGCUGUGGGUUGAGCCAGGCUGGGGAUGAUGAGUGCAACAUAAAGGACUCUGUCUUGGUUAGCACAGGACACAACUGCCUUGCUUAGGAUUUUCCACUUAAGUUUGUGAGGUGAUGGAAAGUAGUUCUUAGGUCUGCCCCUGCAGAAGUUGCACUUUGUUUCAGGUUGACCCUGCCCUGUGUUUGAGAUAACUGGUUUUAAUUUUGCUGUGGGUCAGCAACAUGUAGUGGUUGUUAGAUAGGGGCUCAGAAAUACUGUUCUUGAAUGUUUUCUGUGACAAACAGUACAAUCUAUGAGCUAAUUUAAUAGCAGCUUUAAAUUGAAUACUUAGGUGUAACUGAGUUCUAAGUAGCACCUCUUUGAAACAGUAAUAUAUUGUGUUCCUGCAGUUGGAUUUGCCUCAUUUCAAACAGCUUUCUCAGAACUUUCAGUUGUCUUAUAUUUUUAACAGGCUGGUGGACAUGCUGUAAAACAGCCUAUCUGGUACAACACAAGCUAAUGAAAAGCUGGAAUCCUUUUUAUGUUCUCACAGACGCUCCGGUUGUGCUAAACUUGAUGACUAUCACUGCAGGGUUGGAAUCUUUAUUACUGCACCAAGUGCAAUCUGGUACUUGGAACAAAAAGAUAAAAACCAUUCGCUGUUCUAAAGUAAUCUGUAAAAACAGUUACUUUGACUCUGCAUCACCUUCCAUGAUUUAUUACUUGCAGUGGAAAAGCUUUGAAUUUUUGGGGGAGUCUGUGAAAAUAUAAAGUAUUUCAAAUUUAUUUGAUAGCUUAAAAGGAUUUCUAUUCUUAAUCUUGAUGAUCACUUAUACUGUGAAUGCUAUUGUGUAGCAAAAUCUGCUUAUUUUAUGGUAGUAUUCAGUUUUAUUUAUUACUCCUUUCAAGUCUGAAUCUUGAGUUUUUGUAAUAACUGUCCAGCAUGUUCACAGACAACACACACAUGAAAUAAAUUUAUCAGUCACUGGCAUUUAAAAAAAACUUUUAAUUAGCUUUAGCCAUGGUCUUGCACUGUAUAAAGUUUUCAUCAUCCAGUCAAUCAUCAUAGGGCUUUGAAGUUUCUUGAAGUUUUAGUAAAGGAUCAUAGUUUCAGGAAAAUACUCAGUUGUAUGAUACUUCUCUUUUUAUAUAUGAUAUAUAUGUGUAUUUUUUUUUUUUUGCAUGUGAGUAGAAGAGUCAAGAAAUUACAAGUAGAUAACUUGCUUUUCAACUGUUACUUCUUUUAUGUCACAGUGGAAAGACAUAGCUUCUAAAAAUGUUACCUUUGAUAAAAUGAAUUGUGAAAUGAGAUGAAAGGGUAUGCACAUAUUUAAAUUUAAAAGACUCCUCAAGUUCUUGGUGAUGUCAGCUUUAAAUCUAAUGGAAGUUGCUUGAAAUUAAAUUAUCCAAGAACAUAAUUCAGAAAUUUGAAUGUAUGUACCCCUUAUUACUUGAAAAGUUAAUGGAGAAGGAUAAUAAACUUGCUGGCUUUGUUGCUUCAAGGCUAGAUGCUUGAAAUGAGUUUGACUGGAACACAGUCAAAGUUCAAAAUACUAGAUGCUGGAGUAGAAAAUCACAGUAAAAGACACAAAAAAGAAAGUUUGUCUUGGCUGUUUUACACUAGUUUCACCAAUCUGUCCUUUCCGAUUUCUAAACCCUACAAGAAUGUGGCUCAUUGCUUUUAUCUGCAGUUAGCAUUUCCCUAACACUUCUCUGUGCACUGUUACAAGUCUGUUACAAAUCAUAGGGCAGGGGUAUCAAUGAGCACAUGGGCCUUGUACAGACUUUUUACAUUAGUGUUUUGUUCCCUCUUCAACUGUAGUUGUGCAAGAUAAUGUGUUUUACCCAAAGGUAUUGAAGUUGAUGAUUGUUUAACUCUCUGCAAGUGAGGCAGGGUGAGUAGGUUAUGUAUAAAGAGUCUUCCAUUUUUCAGUAAUGUAUUCUGGGGAGAAAAAUUAAUAAAUCACAUUUUAUAUUAUUCUGUGUUUUAGAAAUCCACAGAAAAUGCAAAUCAUUAGAGAACGAACUGUCUAAAAGAAGGAAAUGAAAGUUUUCAUUUGGUAUUUUUGCUACUUUUAUUUAACUGUUGUUUUCACACUACUCUCCUACAGAUCGUUUGUUAAACACUUGUAAUUUAAAACCAGCAAGAUAAUUAUAUACCAAUACCAAAAAAAUCAUCCUUUCCAAAAAAAAGAAAACCCAAAUGCCAACAACCUCCCCCCCUAACUUGUUGUAUUACUGCUCCACAGGAAACUGUUGUGCUGAAAGGAAGAAUUAACUGGUCUUUCAACUUCAGCCUUUUUAUUGUGAGAGGGGAGAUCACAGAAGUGUUACCAUGGGGAGAACAUCAGCGAAAGAUUCAAAGAAUAUUAAAAAAGAGAAAGAUGGAAAGAAUCAGCAGGCAAACAACCCAUCUUUAAAAAGUGAACAGUUUAAUUGGGAUGAUUAUCUGAAAGAGACUGAAUCAGUAGCUGCCCCUCUGCAUUGUUUCAGACAGUCUAGAAUUCCGCCUAAGAACGAUUUCAAAGUUGGUAUGAAACUGGAAGCCCACGAUCCUCGCAACGUUACCUCAGUUUGUAUCGCUACCAUCAUCGGAAUCACUGGUGCCAGGCUAAGGUUGCGGCUCGAUGGAAGUGACAACAAAAAUGAUUUCUGGAGGCUUGUGGAUUCCUCAGACAUACAGCCCAUUGGGACCUGUGAAAAGAAAGGGGGCAUGCUCCAGCCUCCACUUGGGUUCCAGAUGAAUGCAUCCUCUUGGCCAAUGUUUCUUUUAAGAACUCUCAAUGGAGCUGAAAUAGCACCUGCAGCAUUCUUUAAGAAGGAACCACCAAAACCUGUGCCAAACUGCUUUAAAGUUGGAAUGAAACUUGAAGCUAUAGAUAGAAAGAACCCAUACCUGAUUUGCCCAGCAACCAUUGGAGAUGUUAAAGGAGAUGAAGUUUUUGUUACAUUUGAUGGUUGGAGAGGAGCAUUUGACUAUUGGUGCAGGUGUGAUUCUCGAGAUAUUUUCCCAGUUGGAUGGUGUAGCUUGACAGGAGAUGCAUUACAACCACCAGGGAACAAUGUUUCCAUUACAAAGAGCAGUGCAAAAAUCCAAUCUUCCCCUUCCAAAGUGACCCGGCGUUCAAUGCAGUCUCCACAGAAAUCUGCUCCAGUACCAGCGCAGCGGGGCAGGAAACCAGGUCGGGGCAAACCCCCUGGACAGUCUGCAGUUCCCAAGAAGGGCAGGUCUCCUAAAAAUAUUCCCCUGACAAAAAGCACCUCUCAUACUGAAAAUCUUAAAACAAGGAAAAAAAGUUUAAAACCUGGAAAAAAGAAAAAAAUCUUGCCAGAACAACUGACUCCUACAUCUCUUUCUCCUCAGUCAUCUCCUGAGGGGGAAAAUGGCACUGCACAGAUACUGAAAGAUGGAAUCACUUUGUCUGGUGCAACUGCAGCAGUUAUAUCCACAGUGUGUGUUUAUGUGAACAAACAUGGAAAUUCUGGGCCUCACCUGGAUAAGAAGAAGGUUCAGCAUCUUCCAGACCAUUUUGGACCAGGUCCUGUAAAUGUGGUACUUCAGCAGGCUGUGCAGGCUUGUGUGGAGUGUGCCUAUCAAGCCAAAACAGUCUUUGGAUUUCUGAAAUCUGGCCAUCAUGGAGGGGAAGUGAUAACUGCUUCCUUUGAUGGGGAAAAGCACACCAUCAAUCUUCCUUCUGUAAACAGUGCAUCGUUUGUCCUACGCUUCUUGGAGAAGCUCUGCCACAGCCUUCAGUGUGAUAAUCUCUUCAGUAGCCAGCCUUUCAGCCCUUACAUGGGAUGUGCACAUAGUCCUAUGGAGUACGACAGGAAUAAGCCAGCCAAAGAAGAAAUACCUGAAAACAGGAGUGCUAAACGAUACCCUCAGGACUCUCCACCAUACACUGCUCCUCUUUCCCCUAAGCUUCCCAGAAACGAUGCUCAUCCAUCUGAAGCAGAAACAUUGCCUAUAGAGGAAAACAGCACUUCCAAAGAUCACCGAUUUUCUGAGGAUUCUAUGGAUUCUGCACUUAAUUCUGUAAAUCUGUCAAACCCAACCUGUCGAAAUUCCACAGAGUACCGCACUUCAGGAAAUGCUGCAUAUUACAGAAAUUCCCAUCAGCCAGCAACUGCUACCUCAAAUUCAGCCCCAGUCCUGCGCAGGCUGUCCCUGAGCUCGGCUGGCAGCAGUGGUUACUAUGAAGUCAGCAGGAAUCGGAUACAGAGGCGGAUUGAAGCUGCAAGCUCCACAACUGGACCCGAUUUGAAUUCACUAAAAAGGGAACCUUCAAGAAUAGUGAAUAAGGAUCCUUCCACCUGGUCAAUAGAGGAAGUAGUGCAUUUUGUGAAAGAAGCUGAUCCACGGGCACUGGCUCCACAUGCUGAACUCUUCAGGAGACAUGAAAUUGAUGGGAAGGCACUACUCUUACUGAGGAGUGAUAUGAUAAUGAAGUAUAUGGGACUGAAACUGGGGCCUGCCCUAAAGUUGUGCUACCACAUUGAACGACUUAAACAAGGAAAGUUCUAGCCAGUGAGGAUGCCACAAACGUGUGUUCGGAUCACACCAAGCUCUCAGGUUCACAGCCAUCGCCUUGAUUUGAAACGCUUUUGCUGAUAUAAACCUUUAUUUUUUGAAAGUGGCCUCGAAUUGUGAAAGAGACAUUCAGGAUAAAGGGGGGGAGGGAUUUGUAUUACAUUCUAGUAUUUUUGCAAACUGUUUCACAGAAAGUUGGCAGGGAAGGACAAUUGAUCAUACUGGGUGUGGGCAGGUCUGGUAACAAUGCUCUCUGAAUCCUGAAAAGUGUGUUCUAUGUUACAGGCUUCAGCCAACGUGUUCAUAUCCAGAACCAAAACAGCUGAAUCCCAAAGGGAAAUAAUAAAUUAAACCAGCAUCAGGUGUUAAUAAUUUUUACCGGGGUGGCUGUAAACUUUUAUAUUGCAAGAAAAUCUUAAAAUAGAAGAUUUCAUCUCUGUAGUGAAUAUUCUGGUCUUUCAGAAGAGAGGAAGGGAAAUGGAAGAGAGGGCUUAAUACAAAUAUAAGCUUUUAUAAAGUGUGAUUAUCAGUCCUUUGGGAAGUUAUGAGGACAAAUGUAUCAUAUUGUCAGUUUAGGCAGGCAGUAAAUAUUUCUGUUUCAUGGAAGAUCGUAUUGGCUGUAUAAACAGCCAUUUCUGAGACAGACUGAUUUCACUGGAAUAAUGUAUCCACAUAUUAAACAUUCCAUCUUUUUGCUAAGUUUGGCAUGGAUGUGUUCAUGCUUUUUAUAUGUACACGUGUAUGUGUCAGGGAAAUACAUACUAUAUAAAAAUAUACAUACACACUGUACAUAUAUUUUCAGUUUUUUAAUGUGUACUUUGCACUGUGCCAGAGAUAACUGUACAAUUUCUUGUUGUUUUUUUUACCAGUAAAUUUAGUUUUGUAUUACUUUCAUUAGCACCUGUUUAAUUUGUUCUUGGAGUCAGAAGGUGACAAACAAUCAAAAGGUGUUUAUAUUCAUACAGGCAAGGUCCCUGUACUAUGCAAUACUCCUGGUUAUUCAUCCCUUAACUCUGAGCCAUAUAUUCUGAUAUAUAUUUGGAAAGACACAUUUGGUUCCAAUGUUUUGGGUUUAUAUUUCCUGUGAGGAAGUGCUACUAUGUAACUGAUAAACCUUUUUUUUGGGUAAAAUUGGUGCUGUUUUUAUAAGCUGAAAGAAUGAGUGGUGAUAAUAAAGCAGUUUGUUGUCACUGCCAGUUGUAAAAUACAUCAGGGACAAGAAAAUAUACUUUCUGUUUAGAAAACUGAAUGUACUGUAUGUAAUAGUCAAGUGAUAAAAACUGUUUGUUAGGGAAGGUGUAGUCCUAAAAUGGUAGGAUUUAUUAUAUUUCUUAAUGCCUUUUUAUUUGAAAACAUACAGUAUAAAUGUAUUUUUUACACAUUCCUUUUUUGAAAAUUACUUUCUUUACCCAUAGACUGAUACUCAACAGAUUUCAGCAGAGGUACUGCUAGAAAACAGCAAAUUUUGUGACUCAGAAGUCCAAGUAUUUUGUUAUUUUAAGUGACUGCAAUGCAAUUUCAAUUCAGAAAGUCGUUUGGGCCCUGAGAAUUGUUUUUGUUAUUACAUCAUUAGACAUUUGACACUAAAGUUUAUCUGUAUCAAUUUGUUUUGCAUAUCUUUCAUGGUGCAUGUAUGCUUAGAUGAUACAAUACAGGCAUGCUUUUUAUGAUAAGAAAAUAUCAGAGCAUUGAUUGAAGAAACAGAGUAUUUUCUCUUGGUGUUAGAAAAAUAUUGGCUUAACUUUCAUAUGGUUACACCAAAAAUUAUAUAUUAAUGAAAUCAUCAUGCCCCAUGUGUUCAGUAUAUUGUUUAUACAUAUAUAUAAUUGUAUACUACUUCUUCUAUGCUUUAUUAUGCUGAAUUUGGGUUCUUCAGCAUAAAAAGAUCCCAUACAAUUUAAGUGGAAGUAAUUGACUGAAAACAGCUUUCAUUUUUUAUGUUGCCCUUGGCAUAAGAAAAACAAAGAUGUUUGAAUUUUCUGUUUGGUCUUUUGUACAUGGCACUAUUAUGGGUAUAAAUAUUUGUUCAUGGCAUUCUGUGUACCCAUGUGCACAAAGAUAACUGUGAUGUUGCUGCACCAGAAUUUCACUGUGUGCUGUUGCGUGAGAUUCAAGCAUUCAGAGUCUUACAGCAGAAUAUAUUUUUAUUCUUUAUUUUCACUGGGAUGUUCUUAUCUAGCAAGAAAAAUAAAAUAGUUUGUUCAUUGUUGUAAA